AUGGCCAUGAGUCUUUCAACAGGUUUAGGAACUUUAGGUCCAAAAACUUCAGUCAAAGAGAGAUUUGAGAACUCAAAGAUUGAACCCAGCGUUAUCACAGAUGAAAAUUUAAAAGCUCUGAAGAAAAGCAUUUUACAAGAAAAUCAGAUGGAGAGCUUCAAAUCUGAUCGAUCAAGUCAGAAAGAAGGAACAACUUCAAGAAAAAGUAUUGAAAUCAAGAGUGUGAUCACUAGUAAGCAUACUAAGGAAAUUAUGAGUCUCAUUAAUGAUGUAACUGAUCAAUACAAGAAAGGGAAUGAAUUUGAUCCUUCUAAUAAUGAAAACCAGAAUAGUUUAAACACUUGUACAGUCGUUGAAGCCAAGAAAUAUCCAAAUAGACUCUACACUCCUCUAACCCAAAACCUUCGUUCAAAUGUCACAACCCUGAAACCAAAGCGUAAACUCAAAAGCAAAUAAAUCCCGAAGGAGCCGGAGAAGAAGAAAAUCAAAUUCAAUUUUUCAAGUAUUUAACUCCAAAGACUCUGCUUACAAGAAUUUCAAAAAAUACUCCAAUCUGUCUUAUAGAAGACUAUUCCAGAGUCAUCAGUUCGGUAAAUAACUCUGUCAACUCCCAACAAAAUAAUGCUCUGGGCUAUUCAACUGAAAGUUUCCAGUCGAAGAACAUAAGUUUAUGAAAUAAAUAUGGGAAAGGCCUUAGCAUGGAUAUCAAACAAAGUCUCAAAAGUUGAACAAGAGAACAAGCCAAAAGUGUACAGAAAACCAGCAUCCAAAAAUUCACGAAUAACUCAGAAAGAAAAUUUAGCAACGGAAUCGACCAUUUUCAAGAGUACCUCAAGCAACCAGAAGAAGAGGGAAUAACUAAAAGGGAUGAAGUAAAGACUCUUGGUAGGAAUGAAGACCUAGUGACCAAUCCUUCCCAAGCGGAACUUCCUAGAACCCGGCUUGUGAUUCUGCCAUCUAAAAGAAACAGGCCUAAAACUGCUCUCAAAAGUUCAAAAAGAUAUAAAAAUGAUAAAAAUAAGCUGAUACUAAAAUCUCGAAGAAAAUAACACAAGAAAGUUACGCAAAGCGUACUUGGGAAGUAGUAGGAAAGCCACGCUUAGAAAGCUGUGCCAUAAAGACAAAGAGCUGAUAAAAAUGAUAAAGGGGAUAAGAUUGACAAAACCCAGGAAGGUUAAAAAGAAGUCGCUUCGUCUGUAG